CCGGGUCUGGCCGUCCUUCUGCGUCAGGAUGAAGAAGAUGGCGGCGGCCGUGGCUUCGUUCGCCACGCUGGCGACAGAACCUGGAGAGGACGCCUUCCGGAAGCUUUUCCGCUUCUACCGGCAGAGCCGGCGGGGGACGGCAGACCUGGGAGCGGUCAUCGACUUCUCGACGGCGCAUGAGGCCCCUGGUCGGCCUCCCGGGCCGCUCUGCUCGCCCGUGGUCAGAUUUCAUCUGAAUGUGUCCUCAGUGACUGAGCAUGAUGCCUGUAGGGCAGGACUUCAGCCUGUGAGCAAGUGGCAGGCCUAUGGACUUGAAGGCUACCCUGGAUUUAUUUUCAUCCCAAACCCAUUCCUCCCAGGAUGCCAGUGGCACUGGAUAAAACAGUGUCUUAAGUUGUACUCCCAGAAACCUAAUGUAUGUAACCUGGACAAACACAUGACUAAAGAAGAGACCCAUAAUCUGUGGGAACAGAGCAAAGAGUUCCUAAGGUCUAAAGAAGUGAAUAAACGGAGACCCCGAAGUUUAUUAGAGAAACUGCGCUGGGUCACCCUGGGAUACCAUUAUAACUGGGACAGUAAGAAAUACUCAGCAGAUCAUUAUACACCUUUCCCUUCUGACCUGGCUUUCCUCUCAGAGCAAGUCGCUGCUGCCUGUGGAUUUCAGGAUUUCCGAGCAGAAGCAGGUAUCCUGAAUUACUACCGCCUAGACUCCACACUGGGGAUCCAUGUGGACAGAUCUGAACUAGAUCACUCCAAACCCUUGCUGUCCUUCAGCUUUGGACAGUCUGCCAUCUUUCUCCUGGGUGGCCUCCAGAGAGAUGAGGCCCCUACAGCCAUGUUUAUGCACAGUGGUGACAUCAUGGUGAUGUCAGGUUUCAGCCGCCUGUUAAAUCACGCAGUCCCUCGAGUCCUUCCACAUCCUGAUGGGGAAUGCCUACCCCACUGCCUGGAGACACCUCUCCCAGCUGUCCUCCCUAGCAAUUCACUUGUUGAGCCCUGUUCUGAGGAAGACUGGCAGGUGUGUGCUACCUAUUUGAAAACUGCCCGAGUUAAUAUGACUGUCAGACAGGUACUGGCCACAGACCAGGACUUCCCUGCAGAAACCAUGGAGGAGACAAAAAGAGACAUUACUACAGAUGGUUUGUGCCAUCUGGAUGACCAGAAUAGCCCAGUAAAACGGGUGAGGCUAAAUCCUGAUACCUAAGACUUAAAGGUUAGAUUCUUACUCUGGCAGGCUUGUGUUGCCAUGCACUCUAGCCCCAAGGCAAGCCACAAACAGGCAGGGAAGUUGUCAUCUGCCAUGCUGCUGCCUGGAUACAUCCUAGAGAGUAAACUGAUUACAGUUUGCUCAGAGAAAUGUUUGGCCAAGUCCAGUUCCAGCUAGGUACAAGCAGUAAUGUGUUUGUCAUACCUCGUAGGUAUAAUAAUGAUCCACAAGGAUUUCUCAGCCUCUGUUGUUAUCUCAGCGGGAGGAAGGAGAGAGUUCAUAUGUCUGUGGUGUAUCACUAUCUCAAGGUUUAUUAAUGGGAAAUAGUGUCUUCCUCCCAGCAAUAAGUGAUUUGUGAACCAGCAACCAGAAUUCCUAACUCCUGGUCAUCAUCAAAUUCCUUGAGCUCUUUCUUCCCUCUUUCUAUGCUCUCAGAGGAAUCUUAUGCACACAAAGACAAUGGAAUUAAAGUGUUCUCGGGAGCUGGAGUUGUCACUAGAUUGGCAGAGCAUAUGCCUACCAUACACUAAGUCCUAGGUUUAGUGUCGUGUAGCACAUACAUCAGGUGUGGUGCAGGGCUGCCCUAGCACGCCAAGGGUAGAAAAUCACAAGUUCAAGGUCAUCUUCAGCUACAUAACAAGUUCAAGAUCAACCUGAGCUAAAUGAUUCUCACAUCAUAGUGACCCCCUAAAGAAGUUAAUCAUGCCAUGGCUUUUACUUAAAGAGGCAAAUAAAUGUAAACCUAAGGAAAGGGGACACUAGUCUCUGUGUCCUUACGUUUCCAGACUCUUCCUGAUGGCUUUUUAAUUGGUUUUAAUGAACUAAGAAAGUCUCUAGAACUGUUUUCUCUGAAUAAACACUCCAUCUGAAAUUAAAAGAUCUGUAUCUGUCUUUGAGAGUGUAUCAGGGAUUCACUUUUUUCCAUAUUUGCUGUAUUGUUCAUGCUAUAGAAGCCUCUGUCUAUGUUUCCCCUAAUUAUUGUGGCUAUUAUAACAGAACAUUCCGUAACAGUUCAGUCACUGGUGCUGUAAAUUUAAUGUCAUCUCCAUGGGGGCAUUUUGAUACUAAAAGGAAGUCUGGUGCUCCUUUCUACAAACUGGGUGUGCCUGUUAGUGUGGGAGACUAGGGCUGGCUGGAAGCCAUCCAUGCCUCUGCCUGCUGUCUGCAGUGUGAUUUGCUUGAGUUCCUUCUUUCUCUGCCUUGCCCCCAUCCUCUAUCUGCACUUGAUUAUUGAGUUCAUAUGAUAACAGCAACUACAGUAUUUUUGUAAGGAGCAAAAAUUAAUACAGAUCAUUUAUGUAAGCUGGAUUUUAAAAUUAGUGCAUGAUAGGACAUCUCAGCCUUGGGAAAAUUUCCUUAAGUUUUCUUUGAUGUUCACUAAAUGUGUGACCCACCUGAAACCAACAAGUUGUCAUUUAGUAAAUCCAACAGAAAGUUUUAAGUGUUCUGUUGUUAAGCCUUUGGGAAUAAAUUAAUUGAAUUAAAAUAUUAUAUGUGAGUGCAUGGUUAAAAAGUUGAAUUGCUAUAGAACUAAAGAUCUGCACCUUGACAGAACAAGUCUGACCUCCUGGGGAACCACACCUGAAGAAAAGACCCCAGAAACAAGCCUGACACCAAGGAAAGAGUCAAUGGGAAGUACUGUUUCUAAUUAAGCACUUUUGUCGCUUAUAAGGAUGAAAUUAAAAUGCAGCACAGAUAGUAUAAUUGGUAUGGUAUCUAUCGCUGCAUGGACGUAUUGCUAGGGGAACUGGCACCAUAAUACUCAGCUGGAGGUGAUGUAAAGUGCUGCCCUCGGAUGUGUGCAUUGUGGAACAUAGUCCCAGAUUAUAUCCACUGUACCUCUAAGAUAACAUUUAGGAAAUUAUGUGACUAUUCGAAAUGUUUUCAGAGGUGUAUCCUUGGUCACUUCUGGGAGCUGAGUCUGCAAAAGGCAUCAGAGCCGCUCAGGAGGCUUUUGUUCCAGAAUGUUUAUCCAAGAGAGAAGAUUUGAAAUAGCCACAUGGCCAGCAGCAGGAGGUGGCUGAUCAGAUUAUGUUUUCCACAAAUGGUUCUGGAACUCCUGUGACUAGGCAGAGCAGCUCCCUUCCUGGAACUGAGGCUCUGCUGAUGUACUACACCCUUACACAGAAAACUACUGCUUUUUCCAGGACAGUAGGAAAAUGGGGAACUAUUUAUAUUAUUAUUUAAAUGAAAGUCUGAUCAUUAUGCAGAGCAACACUUUUUUUUUUUACAGAAUGUUACAUAUUUCUUAGUUUUUAUUUAAAUUUUACUGGUGUUUUUGCCUGUGUAUGUGUAUUCCUGGUAUCCUGUUUAUAUGUUUCUAAAAGAAAAAAAAACUGUCAAACAAAAUGUGAAUUUUUUUUGUGCUUCCCUGUACUUUUGAGACAAUCUUCUAAAAUUCUUAUUUAAAAAAUAAAAUUCUAUUCUUUUAAAAGGUA